GCGGUGGCCAGCUUGGCCAGGGCCUACUACUCCGUGCCGCCGCCGCCCGACGACCUCACCACCUCGGGGGCGCGGUCUGCGUUUCGGGGCUGCGGGCCCGGCUACGCCUGUGAUGGCGUCGUCGCUGGAGAGUUCGCAGCCUACCAGCGUGGCCGGCUUGCCCUGCCGGCGGUCGGCAUAUGGGCGAUCGACCUCGCCGGCUGCCUGCCCGACCACUACCAGAAGUUGCUGGGGGACGGCGCGGCGAAGGCGGACGAGCUGGACAUCGCGAUGGAUCCCAUCCUGGCGAGGUCUCCGAGCAAGUUCGCCGUUAGCACUUUUGUGGGAGUCUUCUUUGUUCGCAAGAAGGACGGCUCGUUGCGGAUCAUCUCCGGUCAACGGAAGACCAGCGCGCAGUCCGCGUCGCCCGACGGGGUCGCCCUGACCUCGCCCGAGGCCCUCGGCGAUCUGGAGCUGCCAGCUGGUCGAUGGUUGUGGGUCAACGAAGGGGUCGUCGAGAACUUCUGCAACCAGUUCCUGCUGCCUGUCGGCCUGCGCGCCGACUUCGCGCCGCCGGCGGUGCCGCGGCGGGCGCUGCCGCGGCGCUUGCGCGGCCUGUUUCCUGCAGGCGCCGAGCGGGAGGCGCCGAUGGGCUGGAAUUGGGCCGUGGAGCUCGCGCAGGCGGCGAAUGCGGAGGUGCUGCGGUUGGGGCCGCUGGGCUCUCGACGCUGGAUCUGCAGUCGCCGCUGCGCGCCCGCCUUCGCUGGGCGCGAGCCCGCUGCUCUCCUGCGCAUCGACGACUUCGCCUCGGUGGGGGCCGAGAAGGAGACAGUCCAGGUUGAUGGCGACUCGACGGAGAGGCAGCUGAGGGGUCGUGGCCCGGCUACUCAUGAAGUCUCCGGGCCGCAAGUCGACGCAGACCUCCUGGGCUUCCACGUCGACGGAGAGAUAGGCGCGAUCCACAUCGCGCCCAAGCGGUUCUGGCGACUGGUCCUGAGUCUGGACUACAUCCCGACGCAUCCACUCCUGUCAGGGACCGAGCUGGAGCGACUGAUCGGGCACCUGAUUUACGUCCUCUUGCUGCGGCAUGAG